UUUUUUUGUGAAUUGACCCGUGUUUGCGAGCAGCGGAGGGGCUCCCAGUGGGAAUGGCCUUCAUUAUUGCUUUGGAUAAGCAGAAGCUCACCCUGCCUGCCAAACCUUUCUCUGAACACAAAUUAAAAGGUAAUCGAGGGAACAACGAGGUUUGUGGGAGGAAGAGUGGUCUAGGAAGAAAGGAAGUGGGAUGUGAGAUAAAAGUCUUAUGAUCCAGCUAUUUGGGGUACUCCAAAGAUCUUUGGUGCAGAGGAGUCUUCGGCUUUGUCUUUGUAGGACCUUAGGACGUCAAAACUAUCUUAAAUUAAAAGAAACAGAAAAAUAAGGGCAGGGGAAGGAGGAUAGGAUUUGGGUUGAGGUGGAGUUGACCCCUUUCUCUCUGGAUCGAGAUUCUCUCUCUCUCUCUCUCUCUUUGUUGAAAUUCAAUUCAGCUACCCUCCUCGUCAGUAUUUGAUUCUCUCUUUCAAAGCGUUCAAGGUUCCUUAGAAACAAUCAGUGAAAAAUGUCAAACUUCAGAGCUUUCUGGAACAGCCCAAUGGGUCCCAAAACAACUCAAUUUUGGGGGCCUAUUGCUAAUUUUGGAUUUGUUGCUGCUGGAUUGAUAGACACACAGAAACCCCCGGCGAUGGUAUCCGGCAACAUGACUGCAGCAAUGUGUGUAUAUGCAGCUCUGUUCAUGAGGUUCUCCUGGAUGGUGCGACCUCGCAAUUAUAUGAUUCUGGCAGGUCAUGUCUGCAAUGAGACAGUGCAGCUCUAUCAGCUUUCUCGUGUUGUGAAGGCUCACGGGUACUUGGGCCAAAAGAAAGAGGAAGCUAAACAGCAGUAGCUUGUAUAUCAUGCUUUCUUUUUCCCCUUUAGUCAGGAGCUCUUGCUUGAUUUUCUGCAGACACUAUAUAUAUAUAUAUAUAUAUAUUAUAUUCUGCAUUGUCCUGGCACAUUUGACUCUUUAUUAUACAAAAACUGGGGGCCUUCACAAUUUAGAAAAAUUGAGUAAUUCGUCGUUGGCUGAUUUCAUUAUAUAAAUUGUGCUUGUAAAACAUUAUAUGAUAACUGGAUUCUAUAGCCUCAGUGGCCUCUUUUGGUAAUGGACUAACCUUGAGGCCAAAGUUUUGGAGGCUUGGUAGAGAUUGAAGGGUAAGGUUGAACAAUUGUAGAAUACUUUAUAUUUUGUUAAGUGUUAAAAA